GUGCCGAGAGGUUGCUCUAUAGACACCUUGAAGCUCAGAAAAGAAAAUAUGCAUUCAGAAAAAGUGAUCGUCAUCAUUUGCACCUUUGCCAUCUUGGCAAUUUCAGCUUACCCACAUCGUGGCACCAGGGAUGUGACCUGGACUGAUUCCAAGGCCAAUCAGGCUCAACCCAAAUCAGAAAUCACAAAAGAAGCAGAUAAAAUCUACAAGAGCCAAAUUGACGACAGCAGCCUCUACCACAACGAGGACGAGUACAACAAAAACCCGUUUACGGAUGAAAUGCAGCGUAAGAUCAUCGGGGAGUCAGACCGCCUUCGAGCCCGUUUGCAUCAGGAACUGGCACAGCUGAGGGAGAGGCUGGCUCCGUCCCCAGCCCACCUCGCCUCCAUGCUGGCCAGCGUGAGGGAACGCUUGGCCCCGCUCGCCCAGCAACUCGACAACAACACACACGGCCUGUGCAACCAGCUCAAGAUGUACGUCAGUCCGGAGGUCAACCCGUAUCCGGAGGUCCACGGCUGGAUGACGCAAGAGCUGGAGCAGAGUGCCUCCAAGAUGGCUGACAUCCUAGCUGAAUUUAUGUCUCAAACCAGAGAGGUGACGGAACGCCUGAGAGAGAUGAGUGAGGUGGAGGUGACUCAUGAGGAUUUCUGGCGUGGAUUUAGUUCUAGGCUAGAAUCAGAAGUGAAGUCACUCAAGGCAGAGGUGCAGAAUAGUUUGGAGACUCUUAAAGCAGAACUCGCCGAUCAGUCUGAAAGCGUGCGGCCCCUCAAGGCUGCGGUGGAAUGCUUCUGCCAACUCCAAACUUCUCAAGCCAGGAUUGAGAGAUUGCUCACGUCAAUGGAGGAGGAGCUGGAAGUCCAGUUGAGUUCUUCCCACCCUGUAUAUUCUGGUGGCUUAUUGCAGGAAGACUUCUCUGUCAAACUGUCCGCUCUCAUCCAGGACAUUUUGCAUUCAGUGCAGUGACAUGUCAAUACAGAGACGAUAAACUGAGACACCCUCACCCGCUUGUUUGUUUAGCACAUUGUUGGCUUACGAGGUAGUGACCAGCCUUUACAUAACCUACUGGGUCAAAGGUAACCCAAAUUGGGUGAAAUCGCUCAUCCACCACUGCAUAGGUGUCAAACCCAACGCCCGGGGGCCAGAUACGGCCCACCACAUCAUUUUAUGCGGCCCGCGAAGACAAAGUUUGCAUCGAAUUUGUGUCAUUACUGAAAUUGUCCUCACUUUAAAAAAAAAACAAAUAGGGACAUUGCUUGCAAUUUUUAUUACAAUUCGUCUUUUUUAAAAUAUUUGAUUCCAAAACGAGUUAUUCAUCGGUUUGUUGUGGAGCUGAUAGUGUAUGACAUGUCAACCCAGCGAAUCGGGGUGAAGAUUUGAACCAGCACGUCGGGUCAAGAUUUUGUUCCAUCAAUAGGUAGAAACGAUAACAAGAAAUGUGUUUCCGGAAUAUCAAUAUAGCUGCCAUUGAAAAUUCUUGUGUUUAAAGUCAGCAGUUACCAUUAACAGUUUCUAAUAAUGUUACCAGUCCUGCAAUUCUAAUGGAUGUUCUUCAAAUGUAAAUCGAGUUUUUCUCUUCAAUGUCACGAAAACCAUCACAUGCACUCCAGGAAGGAUUUUUGCAGGAUUCGUCCUUAUUUUCAAAAUGGCUUCCUCUAAUGAACAUUUGAAGGGAAAUCUUGUUGUGACAAGUUACAAUCCUGAAACUUUUAGUUAGUAGUUGCUUGUCAAAUGUUUUUAUUGUUUUGUGUGUUAACACAGACAUUUUGUUGUAUUUUUUUUGUAUAUACAAAAAAAACUGUUAAAAAAUAUAUUUUGUUGUUGGUGUUUGUUUCAUGUUUGUAGUGAAGUAUUUUACAGUACAUAUGUAAACGUUAGGGCACUACAUGAUGUGUAUAUAUAGAUUUUUUUUUGUCAAUAAUUAUGUAAAUAUUUUCUAUAUUGCUAUAAACAAACUCAUGGGAAAUGUAACUGGAAA